GAUUUCAAUAACAAAUUUAUCUCGGUGUGUCAGAUUCUAUUUUAUUACCAUUGCCCAGUGAGACGAGACUGUAUCUUCUUUCUUCGUCGGUGUCUUUUCUUUUCUCCAGUAUAGUACUGAAUAAGUUUUGCUCUUUCAAGCAUUCAAGAAGGAAAUGGAUAAUUCAAAGUCUUCUGGGAGAAGGCAUGAAGAAUGGUCUCCUACCCCUUUGUCUGACAAGAAAAGGAUGGAAGUGUCUGUAAAACACAGGAAGGUCAAACAAGCAUUGGCGACGUUUAGAAACUUAGUUGACAAGCUCAAUCAUCAGUAUAAAGCGUCUCAACCUGUGAAUUUAAUGGCGAAGACUAAAGCUAUGAUGGAAGCAGCAAUGAUGAUGAGACAAAAGCAUCAAUGGGAGAACGAUAAAAAGCAUGUGGGACAUGUAGUAGGCAUCGAGGUAGGUGACAUCUUUCAAAGUAGGGUGGAACUCAAUGUCAUUGGCCUCCAUCGGCAGUUUUGGAAUGGUAUUGAUUAUAUGGGAACAGGCAAGAACUCGUUGGCCACAAGCAUUGUUGUAACCAAUCGAUACGAUAAUGCUAGGAAAUCCAAUGGUACCUUGGUUUACAGUGGUCAUGGAGGAAAUCCCAAUGUUAAGAGUAAUGUUUCUAUUCAGGAUCAGAAGUUGCAAGGGGGAAAUUUGGCUCUGAAGAAUAGCAUGGAUACAAAAAGUCCUGUGAGGGUUAUACUGAAAUUUUGUAAAAAGUUUGAAGUUGGCAGCAAUUUCGAUUACUUGUAUGUUUAUGAUGGCUUGUAUUUAGUGGAUAAGAUGACUGAAGAAAGAGGGAAACUUGGAAAACUUGUGUUCAAGUUUACACUGAAUAGGAUUUCAGAGCAACCCCAAAGUUGUGUUGCCCUCAAAGAUGAUGUUAUGGGCAAUGAUGACAGUUCAAGACAACUUGCAAGUUCUAGGCCAAGAAACAGACACAAAUCCAGAGGAAGUGUAGUCCAAAAGGAUGUUGUUCGAGUUAACGAUCUUUCAAAAGGAAAAGAAAAAUUUCCUAUUCGGGUGGUGACAUUAACAAAUUGUGUUCAUAUACCCAAAUCCUUUUACUACAUUGUUAAGAGCAUCUAUUCAGAUAAGUUCAACCAGGCAACGAUUCCGUGUGGCUGUGAUUGUAAAGAUGGAUGUGUGAACUGUGACAAAUGUGUUUGCAUUAUUAAGAAUGGUGGGAUAAUGGCAUAUGAUUGUAAAAAAAGACUUGCUUCUCCCAUGGGAUCAUUGCUUAUUUAUGAAUGUGGCCCUUCUUGCAAGUGCUCCUCUUCUUGCAUCAACCGAGUAAGCCAGCAUGGGAUCCAGUUCCAACUGGAAAUCUUCAUGACAGAAUUGAAAGGUUGGGGUGUUAGAACACGCUCUUUCAUUCCCUCUGGAAGCUUUGUAUGUGAGUACAUUGGAGAAGUCCGGGACAGUAGACAAAGUGGAUUGAGUAUAGAUGUUGAUGAUGACUAUUUAUUUCACACGGGUGUUGGAAAGGGCUUCAUCGAUGCAACAAAAUGUGGAAACAUUGGAAGAUUUAUAAAUCAUAGCUGUUCUCCGAAUCUCCAUGUCAAAGAUGUUAUGUAUGAUCAUGAUGACAAGAAUCUUCCUCACAAAAUGCUGUUUGCUGCAAAGGACAUUCCUGCUGGUAGAGAGCUGAGUUUUGAUUAUAAUUCCAAGGGAAAAUUUAUCAACGAUAGGAGUAAUAGCUGCUACUGUGGAUCACAGGAAUGCAAUGGUCAGAUCUAUAUUAAAGUUAAACAAAAUGACAGGCUGACUGAGGAAUUUGGAAGCUUCUAAUUGAAGUUUAGUAAACUUCUGUUCUUGUCACAUAUGACAUAUGUAGGACUGAUUGGCAGUUGCUAACAAUUAGGACUGAUACAGGUUUGGUAAUAUUUUGAGAGGGUUGUGUAUGGAUUGAUUUAAUCAGUAUGACUUUGUAGCAAGACAUGUCAUGUACAUGUAUUGAAAAAUCACAUGGUAGGAUUAAGCUUUUCAAUAUUGUGGAUUUGUAAGUGUCGUAUGAUUUCCAUAA